AUGGUAGUCCUAUCGCCACAUCAUCCAAGCACACCCAUACCUGGGCCUAACAAUAAAUCUGACGAAAAUCCGCUCUACCUAACCCCUCGAACACCUCCGAUCGACAAAAACCACAUCUCAGCAAAGAAACCUAAACUAACACCAAGAGCUCCAGAAAAACGCACACCAAGAGAAGCAGAACUUACACCACCCCCUCCACAACGCGUGAAAAGGAAACUGCAAACCGCUAACGACUCUCCUAUGGAAGAGAGCAAUUUGGACCUAGAAAAGGAAUUCCACAUUAACGAAUCACCUCCGGAACUUAUUCGAACACCAGAGGAAACUAAAUCUCCAACCCCUUCUCCACGUCAAAAUAAAAAUACAGACGCCGAGGAAUCUAUGGAGGUACCCUCCCAGAACGAAACUAACAACCAAGAAAAUCCGGGCAGAAAAAUAAUUGAAACAAUAAUUAAUGAAAAAAGCCCCGAUUUCACACCCAUCUCAAACAAUACAACCCAAAUAACAAUUCCAGAAAUAUCUCAGAAACCAAGCGUAAUUAGACCACCUCUGAUAGCAACGCGCAAAUCUUCAAGAGAACGCAAACCGAAACGUACUGCACAGAGAUCGGACAGCACCUCCAUGAGACGAGAGUACGUACACGACAGAAAAAACCAAAAGCACUAA